UAUGCAUAAAAACAAGAGCUUUUUUUAUUAAAUGUAAUAAUUAAGUUUAGAUAUAAGAAGUAUUUGAAUUAUUUUACUGAGGGCUAAAAUAGAAAAACUUAAAAAUGGAGAGUAAUCAAAAUGAAAUCGUUGACAUGGCUUCUGAACCAGUAAACCCAAGCCAGACUUUUGAAUUCGAAGAAAUUGUUGCUGAAAUAUUUACCGAUGCAAAUGGAGCUCAAACUCAAACAUCAUCUGUGUCUGUGGAACAUUCAACCAUCCAACCUCUUGGCAUUUAUUUUGAUGGACACUGGAUUUCACAAAAUUCUAUUCAGGAGCUCCAAAAACUAUUGUCACCCCAGCACAUAAGACAAUUAACUGAAAAAUAUAACUUAAGACUAUAGGAACUCAGAUAAGAUUUGAGCACAAAUUAAAAGAAUGGAAUAAAUCGGAAACUAAUACUUCUGGAAUGUGUUCUGAGCCAAAUGUAAGCAACUUGAUGGAAAAUGAAAUUGAAGGGGUUGACUCCCCAAUAUCGAGUGAUAAAAACUCAACUGAUGUACAAAUUGAUGUGGAGCAAAUUCUAAAAGCAUCAUUCCAAGGAAAGUCUAUUUUAAAUCUGUAUAAAAGCAGUCAAAACCUGAAUGUAGGUUCACGAACAAUUAUUAUUGACCUUAUUAUUAAGUACAUGCUACAAGAAGAAAUACGAAUGACGGUUGGAAUUGCUAAACAAAUAGCCGACAAAAUUGGGAACCUUUUUAAGACGGAGUAUUUGGGGUAUUAUUAUACCAAACAAAGUGGUAAAAAGCCUCAGGGGAAGAUCUAUGAUAAAUAUUAUAAUUCUACACGACUUCUCAAGAAGAGUGGUAUUUUACAAAAAAGAUCUUACUCAGCCUUGUCUCCAGGAGCACAGCACAAACGAGUUUUUAACCUUGAUGAACCAGAAUCCGAUGUUUCCGAGCACAUUGAAGAAAUUAUAAGGGACAAUUGUACUUGGGCGGAAAUGGAAAGGCAUUGGGAUGCUUCAAAAAACUUUAGACUAUUUGAGAUCACAAAAGCCGAAUCAACAGUGGAUAUCCUAGCCAAAUGCAAGCAAUAUAAGAACCCGAUUGGCUUUAAAUUGAUCAAUAUGGAUUUCAAACCCCUAUAUCCUAAAGCUGAGAGUUUAUUAUUAAAAUAUGAUGAUUUUUCUGUAAAAAUUAUACCCAUUUUUGAAGACGAAAUAAAGGAUCCAACUAGUCGCCAGACCUUAAGCGAAAUGAUGAAUAAUGAAAAAAUUUACUCGAAAAUGGACGUGCCUCUGGCAUUUUUUAUUUAAUUCACAGCCUUCUUAUACCAACAGCUAAACUCAUCACUGGCAGUGGAUCACAGAAGGCCAUUACUCGUUUUUCUAUUCGGGACUCCCAAGCUAGCUUUCUUUUAGUUGGAUCAACUGUAGCGGCAUGCGACGAAGAGAUUCUCCGGAGACAAAAAGAAAAAAAAACAUUCAACCACUGGUCAUUGUUACUGGAACAAUUCUGGAUCCUAAGGACAUCGUUGUAUUUUUCGAUGGUAUAAAGUUCAAACAAAAUUCAAUUAUUUUAGCAAAUGAUCUGUGUUUCAAAAUUUUUAAUUUAUUUAAUUUGGAAUAUCCUAGUGAUUCAAGUUUGGUUUGGGCCUUUAUUCAAAACUUUUUUUAUAAAAUUUA